CAAACCUUGAGGCCAAACCGUCAGUAUUUAACAAUCCACGCAAACUAGGCAUACCCUCUGUUGUCUGCUGUGUGUAUAUAUAUAUACUACGCCCAACCACACUGCCACAUACACACACUUGGAUGCAUACAUGUUCACAAGCAGCAUGAAGGCAGGGUCGUCCAAGGGGAGAUUCCUCAAUCUCAAGGCCUUCCUCCAUGCGUGGAAGAAACUCGCCGCCGCUGAGACGGCGACGGCCAGCGCCGCUGGGUGGGCACAGCUCGACGGCGACGGCGAAACCAUCCCCAGGGACGUGCCCAAGGGCCACACGGUGGUGUACGUCGGGGAGGAGCUGAGGCGGUACGUGGUCAGGGUGUCCUCCCUCGACCACCCGCUGUUCCGCGAGCUGCUCGACCGGGCGCGGGACGAGUACGGCUUCGCCGCCGCCGACACGAGGCUGUGCCUCCCCUGCGACGAGGACAUGUUCCUCGCCGUCCUCUGCCAUGUCGACGCCGAGCGAGAGUGGAGCCUGGCACUGUGCAGCUGACCGCGGUACCGCCCCGGCCGGUCGGUCGGUCGCCCUCGUCGUUGAAUUCUUCGACUUGGCUGCCCUGUUUGUUCUGUAAUUCUGUUCCAGAUGUUCCAAAAGUCGAGCAUGUUUACAUGCUUGUCCUGUUUAUAGGGUGUAGACUGUAGAGGAUGCUAGCAGUUAGCUCCAGUGGUCCAUAAGACCAUAACCAUAUUGUGCUUCGACUUUUCAAGGAUGCACCGCAAGGUGCUUUGAAUUGUUUUAGCUGCUGCAACUGCAACCAGGAGAUGCAUGCACGCAUUCGAGUGCAGGGGCAGGGGUAUUACUGCUUUUUUUUUGGCCCAUAUUGUGGCCUCGAGUAUUUUUCAUGGCUCAACUUACAACCAGCAGUUUUCCUUGCAAGAGUUGACGGACGCAUGCACUUGUAAAGUGGACAUGACACGCUUACACGCAUGAACAUUUGACCUGUAAGGUGACACCAGAAUGUACCGCAGA